AUAAAUAAAUAAAAAAGGGAAUAAGGUGUCAUCACCACUGAAUCAAAUAAGGUACAGUAGUCCCCACUGAAACUCAUGAAUGAAUGAAUGUGAUACCCAAUGAAUUGAAUUUGAAAUGAUAUAACAAUUGAUCAAUGAUAUGAUGCUUUCUUUCCUUUGCUUCCUUACAUAUUGGAUCACACCCACUUGUGGUGAAAAUAAUAAUGGAAGAUGAAUAUGCUAAACUUGUCAAGAGAAUGAAUCCACCCAGAGUUACAAUUGACAACAACUCUUCUCCAGAUACAACAGUUAUUCAGGUCGAGAGUGUUAACAAGCCUGGUAUUCUACUAGAAGUUGUUCAAGUUCUUGCCGAUUUGAAUCUCGUUAUCACAAAAGCAUACAUCUCAUCAGAUGGAAAAUGGUUCAUGGAUGUUUUCAAUGUUAAACACCGCAAUGGCAGCAAAGUUAAAGAUGAAGGGGUGAUUAGUUAUAUAAAGAAAAUACUUGAAAGCGAUGCUCUUAAUUUUCCAUCAAUGGAUAGUUCAGUUGGAUUGAAGUCUUCUUUAGAUUAUACAUCGAUAGAACUAGCUGGAACAGACAGGCCUGGAUUACUAUCAGAAGUGUGUGCAGUUCUAGCUGAUCUUGGCUGUAAUGUGGUCACUGCCGAAAUUUGGACCCACAAUGCCCGGGCUGCGGCCGUGGUAAAUGUGACUGAUGAUAGGAUGGGGUGUGCAGUUGAAGAUCCAGAGAGACUUUUAACCAUUAAGAAGCGCCUUUGCAAUGUUUUCAGGGGAAACAAUGACUUAAAGAAUGCAAAAAUGACACUUUCUCCCCCCGGCUUUAUGCAUAGAGAGAGAAGAUUACAUCAGAUAAUGGUUGCUGAGAGGGAUUAUGAAAAAGUUGAAGACGAAAUGGAGGGAAAUGUCUUCAAAACAGAGGUUAGUGUGUCGGAUUGUAUUGAGAAAGAUUACACGGUUAUUACCAUGCGAUGUAAGGAUCGACCUAAGCUAUUAUUUGAUACUGUCUGCACCAUUACUGACAUGCAAUAUGUAAUCUAUCAUGGAGUUGUUCACACUGGGAAGAUGGAAGCUUAUCAGGAAUAUUAUAUCCGACAUGUUGAUGGAAAUCGUAUAAGCUCAGAGGCAGAACGUGAGCGGGUCAUGCAGUGCCUUGAAGCAGCCAUUGAGCGAAGAACAUCUGAGGCACUAGAGCUAGAGUUGUGUACAGAAGAUCGGGUAGGACUUUUGUCUGAUAUAACAAGGAUAUUGAGGGAAAAUAGUUUGUGUAUAAAAAGAGCAGAGAUAUCUACUGAAAAUGGGAAAGCAAAGGACAUUUUUUAUGUGACUGAUAUGACCCGUGACAGCCCAGUAGAUCCCAGGACAAUUGAUUCUAUUCGUAGGCAAAUUGGAAAAAACACGGCUUUUGAUGUUAGAUGGAAUUCUAGCCCACCAAAGCCAACACGGGAAGAAACAACAAUGAGCUCUCUCUUUGGACAUUUCUUCAAAGGCCGGCCAUUUUAAUAUGUCAAAAAUUGGUUAGAUGAUUGUGCUUGUAUAGUUGUAUAGUUCAGUGGGUGUACAUAACUACAUAUUUAGGAACAUAAUUAAUAGCUGAUAGGAUAUUAAACCAGCAGAAAGAGGUAAAUAUGGGCAAGGUACAUAUUGUUUAGAAAUCAUUAUAGAUAUCAGUUAAGGAAAUAAAAUUCUCCAUGCAGAUGGUUAAAUCU